CUUCUGCGGCCAUCGCUGAAGCGCCAGCGGCCAAAAUGAAGUUCAAUCCCUUUGUGACUUCUGACCGAAGCAAGAAUCGAAAAAGGCAUUUCAACGCGCCUUCCCACAUUCGCAGGAAAAUUAUGUCUUAUCCUCUUUCUAAAGAGCUAAGACAGAAGUACAACGUUCGAUCCAUGCCCAUCCGAAAGGAUGAUGAAGUUCAGGUUGUACGACGGCACUACAAAGGGCAGCAAACUGGCAAAGUGGUCCAGGUUUACAGGAAGAAAUACGGCAUCUACACUGAACGAGUGCAUCGCGAGAAGGCUAAUGGCACAGCUGUCCAUGUGGGCAUUCACCCCAGCACGGUGGUUACCACCAGACUAAAACUGGACAAAGACCGCAAAAAGAUCCUCCAACGUAAAGCCAAAUCUCGCCAAGUAGGAAAGGAAAAGGGCAAAUAAAAGGAAGAAACAAUUGAGAAGGUGCAGGAAUAAAGUCACCUUGUCUACAGCUUUCAUUAAAAACUUAAAAUGAAGGGGAAAAAAAAAAAAGACUCCAGGAAAGACUGAUAUGAGACAGGAAGUUGUCAAACUUGAACUCCUAUAGGAAGGAUGAAUGAUGGAAACUAGUCACUUGAGUAAGAGGACCUAUUUUCCUUGGGAGAUAAGUCAUGACAAAAAAAGUCAUGACUUUCAAACAUGUGAGUAUGAGUAAUUAUUCCUAAUUAUGGGAUUGGUUUUUAUAGAAACAUUUCAGUGUACAUUGUGCUUGUAUUUUAUUGGAUGUUUUAUUUUACUGGGUGUUUUUGGAUAUCAGAGAGAAGGCAAUAGGUCUCUGCAUGUGCGUAAAAUGAUCUGAACAGAAUGAAGGUCCUUACUUUCCUUUGGGUUCUUUCCUUUAAACACUCGCUGAAAAUUGUCUUUUAUGACUACAGUUUAAUUGUGUCUCAAGAAUUCUACUUAUACACUCAGCUGAUAGAUUAUUUUAAAACUUAAAAAAAAAAUAGUAUUUAAAAGAAAAAAAAGAAACCAAACAAACAAAAAAAUAACCUGUAAAGUCCAAAAGGAAACUUCAACCACCUGACUUUCAAUCUGUUACCAGAACGUGAAGGGCGUUUUAUUGUGGCACGCCGGUUUGGUGCAUUAACCUUAAACCGUAUUAAUAUUUCAAAAUGAAGAGGCUUGCGAAUGCGAUUUAGGAAACUUCUUACUCACAGAAUCCAAUUUGUAAAUUUUUUUACUCCAGACUUUGAUCUAUAAAAAUACUAGUUUGCAACUUAAAACUGUGUCACUACUGACUUGGUGCUUUUAAGUCGCUUGAGACUGGAGCCUCAGGAAGACUGUUACGGGAGCUGACUUGACAACAUUGGUUCCCUUAAUUACUGACCACAGAUAUGUACUCUGUCGGAUCCCAAGUUUUCGCAAGCUUCAUGGGUCUCAACCUUCUUCCAUCCUUUCUCUCCCACAAAGAAAAACAGGAGCGCAGGAGCCUCGGAGAGGGUAUUUAACAAAACACCUGCCCCACCCACCUCACAAACAAUAACCUUCCAUUC